UUACUUCUCCCUCUGGCGCUAACCUCUUUCAAUUUCCCCCUCCUACAGUCUACAACUGUAGAGACAGAGAGAGAAACCGCCGGUAACUCAAGAGAGAAAGAGGACACGUACAAAAAUGACGGUUUUCGGUCACUCAGGCAGCGGCGGAGGCUUCCUCUCCGGCAAACAACAGGUGUUUCCAGUCGACUACGAAGCAGACGUCUCUCAACGCCUACUCGAAGCUUCGUCAUCAAAUGAUAUAAAAUCGGCGUUAGAUUGUAUUAACGAUCCAUUCAUCGACGUUAACUUCGUCGGUGCUGUUUCGUUGAAGGUGCGCACGGCGGAGGUGAUCUGCCACGUGGAAUCAGCAAAUGCGGUUCGAUUCGAAUACCAGGAGUUGAAAUCCGACGUCACUGCGUUGUUCGUUGCCGUUCACAACGGGAAUCUGAAUCUCGUUCGGAAAUUAUUGAGCCAUGGAGCUGAUGUGAAUCAGAAACUUUUUAGAGGAUUUUCAAUAACAGCAGCAGUAAGGGAGGGUCAUUUUGAAAUCUCUGAAAUAUUACUAAAGAACGGAGCAUCUCGGUCUGCUUGUGAAGAAGCUCUACUAGAGGCCAGCUGUCAUGGACGAGGAGGGAAGUUUAUUGAGUUGCUUAUGGCUUCUGAUCUGAUUCGGGCCAACAUUGCUGUGCAUGCUCUUGUCACAGCAUGCUGUAGAGGGUUUACAGAUGCGGUCGAUACUCUUUUGAAGUGUGGGGUAGAUGUAAAUGCAGCUGCUAGGGUGCUUCUCCAGUCAUCUAAGCCUUCUCUACACACAAACAUCAACUGCACGCCACUUGUGGCUGCUGUUGUUAGCAGACAGACCACGGUUGUUCGUAUGCUGUUGCAGAAUGGUGCCAAAACUGACAUCAAGGUGCCACUAGGAGCAUGGUCAUGGGAGAUGAGUUCAGGUGAUGAGUUUCGGGUGGGUGCAGGGCUAGCCGAUCCCUAUGCCAUCACGUGGUGUGCGGUGGAGUAUUUCGAAUCAAGUGGCACUAUAUUGCAACUGUUACUCCACCAUCUCUCCCCCAACACUUAUCACAAUGGUAGAACACUCCUACAUCACGCGGUCCUAUGUGGCAACAUAGGAGCCGUCAAAACACUACUCAAAUGUGGGUCCCACAUUGAUUCUCGAAUCAAGACCACGCAUAAAAACGAAUCCCAAGCAGUACACAUGACUACCCGGCUUGGGUUUCCGUCCAUUCUUCAACACCUAAUAGACUCUGGUUGUGACAUCAAUUCAAGAAUUACAAACAAUGGCGAAACACCUCUAAUGAUUUGUGCAAAAUUUAAACAAGAAAAAUGUCUUCGAGUCUUGAUCAAAGCCGGUGCUGACCUUGGUCUGGUCAAUAUGUUGGGUCAGUCUGCCCAGUCAAUCGCGAAAUCAAAUAAAUGGUCUAAUAGCUUUCAACAAACUGUGCUAAAUGUCAUCAAAGAUGGAACGAUACCCGUAUCCAACAACAAUACUGUCUUUUCGCCUUUAAUGUUUGUAGCUCGUUCAGGAGAUAUACAAGCCUUGAAAGCUAUUGUGAGCCGGGAAAACAUCAAUCUAAAUGAGCAAGAUAGCAAUGGUUUAUCAGCGGUUAUGGUGACAGCCAUACAAGGCGAUGUUCAUGCCUUCAAACUUCUCGUUUAUUCCGGUGCUGAUGUUAAACUCACUAACAAAAAAGGCGAGACGGCGAUUUCUUUAUCUAGAACCAAGGAGAACUCUGAUAUGUUUGAAGAAGUAAUGCUUCGGUUUACCCUCGAAAAGGGUAAUAGAAGUUCCCAAGGCUUUUAUCCGUUGCACUAUGCAUCUCGUCAUGGAGAUACACAAGCAGUCAAACUAUUGACCACUAGAGGAUAUGACAUAAACGCCCUCAAUGGGGACGGAUACACACCCCUCAUGUUGGCAGCAAGAGAAGGCAAUGCACAAAUGUGCAAGCUUUUGAUCUCAUGUGGAUCACUUUGUGAUGUCAGUAAUUCAAAAGGUGAAAACGCAUUGUCACUUGCAAGAAAACACACAAUGAAACACGCAGAGUGUGUGAUACUAGACGAGUGUGCUCGGGUGCUGGUUUUAGGUGGUGGGAAUGUGUUGAAACACACAAGGGGAGGGAAAGGAAGGCCACAUAGGAAAGUGUUGAAAAUGGUAGGGAGUGAAGGUGUGUUAAGGUGGGGUAAGUCUAAGAGAAGAAACGUUGUUUGUUUGGAAGCCGAGGUGGGCCCGAGCCUGAAAUUUGUAAAGCGUAGGAGGGCAAAAGGUGAUACCAACACAUCAGGGGUUUUUCGGGUGGUGACGGGAAAGAAAAAAGAAGUGCAUUUUGUGUGUGAGGGUGGAUGUGAAAUGGCGGAGUUGUGGGUGAGGGGGAUAAGGCUUGUGACCAUGGAAGCUUUUAGUGGACGAUUAAAGAGUAGGGUAUGAAGUGUUAGAAGCUCUUGUUUGUGUGUAUGUAUGUAUGUACGUAUAGAUAUUAGAUGCAUGGUGGUGAUUUUGUAGAAAAUCAUAGUUGAUUGAUGCAUAACAAAAAUCAUUAAACGGUUUUUGGUGUUUGUCAAUUACUAUUGAUGGUCUACAAAUCACCUCGAUUGUGAGUGUUUGUGUAUGGUGGUUUGAAGUUUGAACAAGUACUUCAUCUCGAAGUAUUGGUCUUUUGUAUUUAUUGAUGGACUUUGUAAGAACAAUGAUGGUUUUAUUUUUGAUAGUUAAUUAUAAAUUGGAUUUUUGUUUGAUAAA